CGUCCGGGCGGCUUCCAGGAUGUUGAGGAUGAUCCUGAAGUUCUCUAUGCCUGACAUUGGGAAGGUGCCCGAGAUCACUGAGUACAUUUACCACAAUAUGGACAACAUCACGGAAGCCGUGGCCCAGGAGACCAUAAAGAAGGUCCUUCACCUGCUGGCCCAGACCUACACCGACGAGGUUAUCCUGACGCUGUUCAAGAUAGACGACCAGUCCCAGAGGGGGGCUCGCAAGCCCUGGGAAAUCCUGGCAUCGUUCCCCAAAGGCUACGAAGUGAUCAUGGAGCAUCUCCUGCAGAGGCUGACCCCACAGCAGAAGUCAAGGGGCCAGGAGCCCAGCGGCAGAACAGAGAUCUCUCCGCUGAUUGCCGCCAGGGCCCUCCGCGAGCUGCUGCUGGAGCCCAGCCGGAGGACGGAGGUGCAGGCCCUCUUCCCCGCCCUGUUCACGGCCCUGCUGUUCCAGAUCCCCCUCCUCAAGGUGGACGGGGCCACAGAGGCCACCCAGGAGCAGCACCACGUGACCCAGUGGAUGGACCCCGUCAGGUACCCUGGGCCUCGGCCGGGGCUGCGAGGAGCGGUGCUCCGGGGCCGUCUCUCAGGGCGCUUGUCUGUCACCCCCCCCCCCCGCCCCCCGGCGCCCGACCCGGCCCCUUCUCCCCUCUGCCGGGCCCGGGUGUGCUCCCCACGCAUCCUUCAACAGCUCUUGCUGGGCUUUUUAGAAAAGACUCUUUCUUAA